AUGGUGUUGGAAUCAGUGGGCGUUCAUUCGUGGAACACCGAGCGUUCUGACUACGUCGCCCGGUCAGCGGAACCAUGGCGUGACGUGGAAAUGGCGAAACCGUCGUCGAGGGACACCAACGCGAAAGGCUCCACUCCACAGCACUUUUACCUCCCAAAGGAUCACAAUUCUAAUUUCGAAGAACCAUCAUUGUUCGAGGGACCAAGCAUGAAUGGAAUGCCUCGUACCCGGUCGCAUUCACCACGCAAAGAGCGACGGCAACGUCCCGAAGAAAAAACUACCAGCCGCUCCAAAUCACCUCAAAAGCACCGCUCGAUAACCAACUCAUACGAUUACCUCAACAGUCAGUGCCAUCUCGAAGGAUGCUCAGCCAGCAUCGUCGUCAAUGUGAGUACUUUGAGAGUUUCAAAGCACCCUCUUUCAAUACCUCAGCUAAACCUCUUUCGCCCUUGA